CACACGGGCCAUGAUUGUUUCCAACAGAUCUGAAGGGCCCAACCCAAAAUGUGAUAUGGAUUGAGGAGAUCCCAAAACCCGCCAUCAACAAAAACUCGAAAAAGCCCUUCUUCUCUCUACAGUCUACACUCCUUUCUUCUCUUCUCGCUCAUUGCACUCUCAACCUCGGAAUCCAAACUGUUUCUCACCGAACCUACAUUCUCUUCCCCAAACCCCAGCCAUGUAUGGCGGUGACGAAGUAUCGGCAAUAGUCAUAGACCUCGGCUCGCACACAUGCAAAGCCGGUUACGCCGGCGAAGAUGCUCCCAAGGCCGUUUUUCCCUCCGUUGUUGGUGCAAUUGAUCAAAUGGACAUUGAUGGAACUGGUGAUGCUGACGAGAACUCGGGAGCCUCUGGGGAUUUACAAAACAAUGCCAAAAAUAAUGAUUCUGACAAAACUAAGGGAAAAUGCAAACUUUAUGUAGGAUCUCAGUCACUAGGAUACCGCAGAGACUAUAUGGAGGUGCUGUCACCAUUGAAGAAUGGGGUUGUUGUUGACUGGAAUAUUGUAGACAACAUAUGGGAUCAUGCUUUGAGGGAAUGCCUACUAGUUGAUCCUAAAGAGCGUCCAAUGCUACUUGCUGAACCAUGUUCCAACACUCAAGAACAGAGAGAGAGGGCAGCAGAACUUAUGUUUGAAAAAUAUAAAGUACCAGCAUUGUUUUUGGCCAAGAAUGCUGUUCUCACAUCUUUUGCAUCAGGGCGUGCCACCUCAUUAGUUGUUGAUAGUGGUGGUGGAUCAACUACAGUUGUACCGGUACUUGAUGGUUAUGUUCUUCAAAAGGCUGUGAUAACUUCUCCUAUUGGAGGAGAAUUUCUGACAGAUUGCUUGAUGAAAAGUUUGGAAGGCAAAGGUAUCACAAUAAGACCUCGGUAUUCAUUCAAGAAGAAGGAAAUACGGCUUGGAAGUCUUCAGACUGUAGACCUUGAUUUUCCACAUACAACAGAAAGCUACAAACUCUACUCCCAGAGGGUGAUUGCUAGUGACAUCAAGGAAUGUGUUUGCCGAACACCAGAUUCUCCAUAUGAUGAGAGUGCAUAUUCUAACAUUCCCAUGACUCCAUACGAGCUUCCUGAUGGCCAGAUUAUUGAAGUUGGAUCUGACAGAUUCAAGAUUCCUGAUAUUCUUUUUAAUCCAUCACUGGUUCAGACAAUACCUGGCAUGGAGAGUUUUGCAGAAAUUGCUCCUUCAAUUCGUGGUCUUCCAAAAAUGAUUAUAGAGAGCAUUAAUAAGUGUGAUGUAGACAUUCGUAGAGAACUAUUCAGUACCAUACUGCUUACUGGUGGUACAGCAUCAAUGCAACAAUUGAAGGAACGCAUCGAGAAAGACUUGCUAGAGGAGUCCCCUCAAGCUGCUAGAGUAAAGGUAUUUGCUAGUGGAAAUGCAACUGAAAGAAGGUUCAGUGUUUGGAUAGGGGGGAGUAUAUUGGCUUCUCUUGGCUCCUUCCAGCAGAUGUGGUUCUCCAAGUCUGAGUACGAAGAGCAAGGUGCUUCUUAUAUCCAAAGAAAGUGCCCUUGAGUUUUCUAAUGGCCGUAAAUACAUUUUUUUUUCUCGCCAUUGUUGAUAUCCCGGCAGUUUCAGGGUGCCCAUGUCAUCAAUGAAUUUUUAAUAUUUAUGCCAUUCUCUUCAGUGCUUGACUAGGCUGAUAUAACUAACGUGACAUUGUCUAGGUUGUAUCGACAGCCUGUUUAUCUGCUGUCGAGGCUGAUAUAAUAUAAUUAAACUUAAACUAAAACUGGCACAUCCUCAUUUUCGUAUUCUGCAUCCCACUGCAUCCCCCUUCCAUGUAGUGUGAAUGGCACUGGAGUCUUGGUUAAAUGCGUGUGAAGUUUGGAUAGCUAGUUAUUGGCGUUCAACCUACUGAACCUAGAAUGCUUAUAAUAUAUGCCAAUACAGUUAAUGUUCGAGUCAUUAGUUGGUUUGCACUUCAACAAAGAUAAAUAGCGUUGUAUCUUAGUUUGGUUGAGGCAAAAUGUAGAUGUUACAAGUUACAACGUGGAAAAGCGUAGAUUUAUGUCUGCAUUAAAUAG